UCUGUCUUCGCACACCCACCCUCUUUUGAUGACUAGCACUAUCAGACGCUGGAGAACUCUCCCUUAGAAGGAUAGGAUCCUGAUCCCAGGACCAGACUCAAAUACCUUAGAAUGACUUUGCAGAUCCACUGGACUAUUCGUUGAAUACAAAACAAUCGGGGAUCUGACAGAAACCAAAUGAAUUCUUUAAUUGCUGACCAGAUGCAAUGGACUUGAGGCAGUGACUGUCAGCUCGUCUUUUGCGGUGGGACUCGCUGUUUGAGGAGAUGAGUGAGGGUGCUUGCCAGGCUCAGUAGGUGAGUCGUAAUACCACACGCUCGACUGCGGCAGGUAGACUAGCACCAGUAUCAUUAUCGGCUUUCUAUAAACAUUAAGCCAACGGAGCUUUACUGUAGUCUAAAGUAAGUCAAGGUGUGGUUCACAGACAAUGCUGUAGCAUGAAUUCGAAUACUGUUUUGUUGAAAUGGAGAUGCUGCACCGUAAAGAGAAAUUCUAGAGUGUUUUGACAGGCUACAGCAUAUUGGCGCAAAGGCAGUUUGCAUCGUAGAUUUUCACCGCGCCUAGUGCGUAGACUAACACAACGUUUUUGGAAUUAAAGAAAAAACAACAUAGGAUGCAAUCAUUUUUACCUUGUUGGGCUGGAUACCUCAAGUUACUAAGUGAAGGAAUUAUUGGCAGCCCGCUGUGGAAGAGUGGUGCUUUCACAUUUAUGUGAGUCCGUGCGUCCUCUUCAGGUAACCAGUAGGAUGGUGGCUGGGGAAGCGAGUGGGCACAGCUACCUGGUGGCUUGCUGGCAGCCCAUCCUCAUAUUGAUGCUUGGCACUGUGCUGUCAGGAUCCACCACAGGCUGCCCGUCCCGCUGCGAGUGUAAUGUCCAGGAGCGUGCAGUCGUGUGCCACCGCAAGAAGUUCAUGUCCGUCCCAGAGGGCAUCCCAGCCGAGACGCGGCUGCUGGAUCUCAGCAAGAACCGCAUCAAAACCAUCGACUCGGAUGAGUUCGCCAGCUACCCCAACCUGGAGGAGCUGGAGCUGAACGAAAACACCAUCUCUGUCAUCGAGCCCGGGGCCUUCAACAACCUCUAUAACUUACGGACUCUGGGGCUGCGGAGCAACAAGCUCAAACUCAUCCAGCUGGGGGUGUUUACGGGUCUGAGCAACCUCACCCAGCUGGACAUCAGCGAAAACAAAAUAGUCAUCCUGCUGGACUACAUGUUCCAAGACCUGUACAACCUCAGGUCCCUGGAGGUCGGAGACAACGACCUGGUGUUCAUCUCCCACAGAGCGUUCCACGGCCUCAGCAGCUUGGAGCAGCUCACCCUGGAGAAGUGCAACUUGACAGCCGUCCCCACAGAGGCCUUCACCCACCUGCCCAGCCUGAUCGCCCUCCGCUUACGCAACCUCAACAUCAACAUCAUCAAGGAUUACGCCUUCAAAAGGCUCUACAGACUCAAAGUGCUCGAGAUUGCCAACUGGCCUUUCCUUGAUACCAUGACAACAAACAGCUUGUAUGGGUUAAACCUCACCUCCCUCACCAUCACUAGUGGUAAUCUUACAUCCAUUCCUUACGUGGCGCUCAGACACCUGGUCUACUUGCGUUUCCUCAAUAUGUCCUACAACCCCAUCCUCACAAUUGAGGGUAAUAAGCUUCAUGAUCUACUGAGGCUUCAAGAGUUUCAUCUGGUGGGCGGCAGGCUUGCUGUGAUUGAGCCCUACGCCUUCAGAGGCCUAAACUAUCUCAAGAUCCUCAAUGUGUCUGGAAACACACUGACCACAUUGGAGGAAUCAGCAUUCCAUUCCGUAGGGAACUUGGAGACAUUGGCUUUGUAUGACAACCCCCUGGCUUGUGACUGUAGGCUUCUGUGGAUUUUCCGUCGACGGUGGAGACUCAACUUCAACAGGCAACAGCCAAUCUGCGCCUCUCCCGAAUUUGUCCAAGGCAAGGAAUUCAAGGAUUUCCCAGACAUCCUCCAGCCGAACUACUUCACUUGCCGCAAGUCCAGAAUCCGUGACCGCAAGCCACAACAGAAAUAUGUUGAUGAAGGGACCACAGUCCACUUUGUAUGUCAAGCCGAUGGCGACCCUGCUCCAGUCAUUAUGUGGCUUUCCCCACAGAAGCAGUUCAUCACCACUAAGACCAUCGGGCGUCUUACAGUGUUCCCAGAUGGCACCCUUGAAGUGCGGUACGCGCAGAUUCAGGACAACGGAACGUAUGUGUGCAUCGCCAGCAAUGCCGGCGGCAAUGACACUGCAUUGGCCCACUUGCAUGUUCACAGCUACUCUCCCGAUUGGCCUCAUCAGCCCAACAAAACCUUUGCUUUCAUAUCUAACCAGCCCAACGAUAAUGGUGCCAAUGGGACGAAACCCAUUGUCCCCUUUCCCUUUGACAUCAAAACCUUAAUCAUCGCCACCACCAUGGGAUUCAUCUCUUUCCUUGGUGUCGUUCUGUUUUGUCUUGUGCUGCUUUUUCUGUGGAGCAGGGGUAAAGGGAACACUAAGCACAACAUAGAGAUCGAAUAUGUCCCACGCAAGUCUGACGCUGGCAUAAGCAACAGUGCCACAGAUGCUCCUCGCAAAUUUAACAUGAAAAUGAUUUAGCGCAUUCAGGGGACUUAAUGGUGUUGAAGAAAAAUAAACCCACAAAAAAAAAAGAGACAAGAGGAUUCCCCGGUGACUACCCCUGGAUACAGAGUUAAUGUGGUACAGCAUCUGAUUUCCCCCCCAGUUACUUUGAAGAUGGAUAUGAAGGAGACGUGUUCUUUGUUUUGACUAUAUGAGAAAAAAAAAAAUAUCCGAAAUGCUACUUGAUGGAUAUUAACUUGGCCUACAGGGACCAUUACUUUGAGAGUGAAUUUUGUCCUAAGACAUUCAAGUUCUUGUGGAUUUUUAUUCAAAAAAAGAAAAAGAAACUAAAGAGAAGUAUAUAUAAAACAAACCUGAACCCUUCUAAAUGUUCGUAUCAAUCACUGGAAUGCAAAAGGCAGGAUCAUCCUUCUCCUUUGCUGUCCUUUUGCCUGCAUUUUUGUAUUCUUUUCUUUUCUAGGGUAUAUUCUGUGUUCUAUUGCUUUGUCAUUCUGAGACAGAGGAGUGAAAGGGAUGAUGAGCACAUUAGUUCAUUAACCUGUAUAAUAUUACCGCAUUCAUUUGAUUUCCAAUUUGUUAAGUACAGUAUAUCAUGCAAACUCAUUAAACAUGUCUGAUUGACGUAUAAUGUGUGGAAAGAUGAUCUGAUGAAGACCUGAAGGUCGACUUGUUGCAUUAUGAAAAUCUGGGAGCGAAAUGAAGCAACAUCUCUUCAUUUCUCGGUUUGAAUAAUGAAACACCUCAUGGAGUCCCCAGUUUACUGAUAGAGUGAUGAACAGAAUGUAAAAUCUGUUUAAGAUGUCUGAUUUGCAUUUUGCCCAUAGAGUUGAAGUUAGGUUGAAUACCUCAUCAGUGGGAGCGAUAUUGUGUUAAUUCCACUGUUGUUCUGUUUGAAAAAAAUAUAUACCAUUGACUAGCUUUGGACAAAGAGCUUUACUUACUCACAUCUUCUAUUGACUGGAUGUUGUAUCUUGUCAUUUUCAUCUGGAGAAACGUCUUGCGACUCUAAUGUCAUUCAUGCCAAACUCGUAAUGUGCUCAGCACCCCUGCAAGCAUUCAGACCAAUAGAUUUGCUUAGUGGGGGUUGGAUUGUCAAAUGUUGCCAACAAAAUUCCAAAAAUAGGAAAUACUUUUCCUGUAACACACAUACCAGGUCUGAAUUUCGAGGUAUCAAAUGUGUAAUUGAGACAAAACAAUAUAGAUUUCUAAAGAUGAUUGUGGUUGUGUGUACAAAGACCUUACAUUUUCAAGUACACUGUGUGAACAGCUGGGGUUUGUAAAACUAUAGAUAAAACCUCAGCUAUUUAUGAUGGAUGACAUAAGAAAGUAUACAGUAAUGGGCUGCAAGAGUAGACUGGAUAUGCAGAUGAUGGAGCCACAGAUGGUUUUACCCGUGGUGAUCUGCCAAGGCUUUGAAGUAAUCCGUUUUUCAGAAGCGAAAGAUAUGGCUCGUGACGAUGAUUACAACUGCUCUCUUUGUUUCGAUGUGACGACCGUGCUGAGCCUUUUGGUCCUCAUCAGUUCAAUGAUAACUCUGAAAAUGUCUUCUUUUUCUGUUUUCAGUUCAACCCAGGACUAUGUGAAUAUGUAGUCCAAGCCAAUUUUGUAUUAAAAUAUCAGAAAAAAAAAAUACAAAAUGAAAAAUAUGUUCAGUUGUUCUGUGCAAUAAAGGUAAUAUGCAGAUUUUUUUUUUAUUAACAAUUUUCUUGAUGUUAAAUGGUUGAAAAUAUGGUAUGUUGUAUUAAACAAUCUAUGGAGAUUUUUCUAAAGUUUCACUAGUCCUAUCUCAUUAUAG